UCUAUCACAUGGGGGACAUCAGCGAAAUCCAUCUCGACCACAACACAUUCGGCAGAAUUGCGGAGAAGGGAUUGGACUUCCAUUCAAAGGCUGGUAUGAGAUCGUUCAGUGUUCUGAACAACAGAUUCAGCUGCGAUUGCUAUCAUAACUGGCUUUGGCGGUACGGAGCCGACGAUUCCGGGUCGGCUUCCCAAUAUGAGAGCUUCCUCCACUCGUCCAAGUGCGAUGCUCCCUCCUACUUCGCAGGUCUAAGGCUGUCCGAGGUCGUACCUCUAAUCGUCAGGGACAAAUGUAUUCGCAUAGAGCCGAUACACAAGGGCGAGUGCUGCGGUAUCGGCGGCGAGUCUCCCGUGGUCUUCGUGUCUUCGGGAGCGUCUGGAGGAUUCUUGCGCACGGUGCUCAUGGCGUUCUUACCUGUUCUCGUGAGCCUUAUCUCGUGAAAACAUUAGGAAAGACGACGAGCGCGGAAGGCGUAUCGCGAGUGUCGAAACA